AUGGAAAAGAUAAGAUACCACCUAGUCGAGAGGUAUUCUGAAGAGGGCCUGACCUUUCUUAUCUUUUACCUCAGGAACAUGAGUCCAAUAGAAACGGUGUACUUCUUCUGUACUGCAUUGAAGGUACUGGAUAGAGACAGUGCUGUGGCACUCCUUGCAUACCUCAGGCAUGCACAUAGCAAGGGGAUGGCGUGUCCGAGGUAUGCACAGAGGUCUGUCAACUACCAUGUGCACAUGCUGAACAAAAGAAUAGCAAAAAAGAUUCCGAGCAUUCUUGGGCGCUUUGCUUCUGAGAUGAAGCUCUUUGACUUUACGGAGGUGCGGGGAAGGAAAGUGGGAGAAGAGGUAAAGAGGGAGCUUGAUCCCUUCAGCCUUCUUAUCGACCUUGUUUUUGAGACGCUUGUCAAAAGCAGCAACAUUGAGAUUGAGAACACCAUCCAGACAUACUUCCAUGAGAAGCAGGAGGAGGAGCGUCCAGGCCCUGUUACCGAAGCCUUUAAUCUGCUUGGAAGGAUCAAGGAGGCGGGUGCAAUAGACGUAGGGAUUUCGAGGAUUGUGAGGAUGCUUGAUCCCCGAGACUCGUUGGAUGCACUAGUGUUUAUGAGCAAGAACGAGAGGUACAGCCAUUCAUUCUUUAUGUAUGCAUACCUGUUGAACCGGGAUGUUUACGACGCCAUGGUCGACCUGAUUCUUGAGAGCAGGCAGUACUUCAGGGUUGACAUUGUUAAGCAUCUUGUUUCGCUCGACAUAGAGAAGGUUCUGGAGAAGAUAACAGAUGAGACUGUGGAGAUAUUGGGCCAUAUGGUCAAGGAAAGGAGGGCACAUGUUAAGGAGAUUGUGGAGAUGAUUUCCGAGGGAAGAGUGAAUGUCUCUAGAGAAAAUGUUCUGGAAGUUUUCAAGGAGAACUACGAGACUCUUGGCGAAUAUGCAUCCUACUUUAAGCUGAGCGACCAGGAACUGAUCGAGGUUUCGAAAUCGAAUGACGAUGCCCUGCCUCUUGCAUUGGACGCUGUUGACACGCAAGAGAGCAUGAACAGCUUUGUCGAUCUAUUGAAAGAAAAGGAGGACAGCGCUGUGAUCAACCUCAUCAAGUCUAUGGGAGAAGACCAAAGAAAGGAGGCCCUCAUACAGACGAUCCUUAGGAGGAGGGUUGUCAAGGGCCAGCUCAGAGUCUACCUACUGGACAACUACUCGGACGAUGACCGAUUUAUAUAUGAUUUUCUACCGUAUUUGGAGAAGUCCGAUGUAUACAAAUACAUUCCCGACUAUGUUGUUGACGCCGAGUCAUUGAAUACGUUUCUGAAGGUUAUAGAAUGUUCCGAGCUUCUGAUUUUUGCACACAAGAUUCCGGACGUCUCGAAGGCCAUACGGAUUCUCGAUCUCUGCUUCAAAUCGCCAAGAUUCAGCGAGAGCGACUUUCUGUUUACGCUAACCACCCUGGAGAAGGAGCUGCCUCUCCUGAUUGUUCGGACGUUGAUCCAAACCCUGCUGAAGUUUCCAAACCUGAAGAACUUUGUUGUCUCAUUUCUGUCGAGGUUGGCCAGAAGGAACAUAUGGAAGCAGGAGGAGAUGGUGGAGGGUGUUGUAAGGUGCUUUGAGAUAGUUGGGCCUGCAGCGGUUGACAUUGUUAUGUAUCUGGACCCUGAUGCGAUGUCUAAGGCUCUAGGGAAGAGCAAGGGGCUUAGAAGUCUGUGCCGUGAGUAUUUGAGGAAGGAGGCGUCUGGAAAGCGCCACGACUCUGCACUGAGGUCUGUGCUGAGCAAGUUUGGUAAUAAAUAA